UUGUGAAUCCUUUCUCUCCUUGUUGUUCAAUUUUUGUUCGGCCAUGUUUGUUAAGGAGAUUGAAUAUGUUAGUAACUUGAAUGUCUGAUCAAUUGAAUUUUUAUUGUAUAUAACUGGUCGAGGAGCUGUGUUGUGUUUGGUAAUAUGGAGAAGUCAUGGGUUUGGUUACCUAGGAAUAGCAUUGAGUAUGUUGAAGGUGCAAAUCAAUUUGUGAAUGCUUCAUCGAAAGCUUUGGGUUAUCCUUCAUCGAAAGCUUUGGGAUUAGUCUAAACAAGCUGGAUAUUCUUAACGCUAGAGACUCACAUGUUCAGAAGCUUCUGGCUACACAAGCAGAAAUGGCUACCAAGAUUGAAGAUUUGCAGAGUCAACUUCAUUGUUUAGCUGGAAAAAAACUAUCUGGUGCUGAUUUGGAUGCUCAAUCUAAUGUAUCAAACACAAACAAAGGAGGAAUUAAGUGUAAGAUAUUGGAUUGGUUUUCAAAAGAUGAAGUUGUUGUCGGGGAAUCAGACAACAACUCUCCAACUGAGCAUAACAUGGACUCUGAUGAACAACCGAUUUACAACAUCUUUGCUUGGAAUGGAACUGAUAUUGUUGCUGAGGCUGCCAUCAAUUAUGGGGAAAUGGAUGACAUGAACGCUGUAAACAUGAUCUUGGUUGGUAUCCCCCUUGACGAACCACACUUGAAGAAUCAUCUGUCUAUUCUCGUAAAUACAGAGAAGAAUGAUCUCAAAGCAGGAAGUCUUCCUGUGACCGAAUCAUACUAUCUCAUGGGCACAGUAGAUCCCACCGGAGAGCUAAAGGAAGAUGAAGUAUGUGUCAUCCUUUGUUCAUUUCAGGGUAAUCCUGCAGAACUCACUUCGAUAUCAUAUGUCUUAGUAUGUAACAAUCGGGUAUUCUUAAAGAGAUAUGUGAAGAAUCACGAUGAAAAGCAGCUGGUGACUGAGUUGGUGGCUAUAUAUCGUGCAUCAUAGAUUAUAAGGCUUGUCUAGGAUCUUGGUUUGUAUCUUUGAAUAUCUGAAAAACCUCAAUUUUAGGCUUUUUUAAUAUCAAUUUGAUCCGGAUCGGAACCGUUUCUCUCACUCUCUCUCUAUAUAUGCUUAAAGUUGUAUUUUUGAA